AUGAAGAAAUUACUUUUCCGAAUUCCUGGGGCGUCUCUUUUCAAUGCCUUUAUUCCCCAGCAACGACACCGUCACCACCGUCUUCCCAACCGCGCACAACAACAGCGCAAACGACGAAUUAACCGCCCGCACUGCAAACGCACCAGCAAAGCAUCCCGCCGUCAGCAUCACCAGGAACAUCACCCGCCGGUUCCGCAGCCGGUUACGCAGCUCCAACAACCCCGGAUCAACCACAACAUCCACAUACGCCGCCGUGGCCAUGGCCGUCGUGAUCUCCGUGACCUUCAACCCCCGACUCAUCGCCACCUGCGCCCCCGACGAAAACGCCAAACACGCAAUCACCCCCAGCGCGGCGGGGCCUUCUGGCUUUAUUGGCACGGCAUACUGCACAAUCAUCCCGACGAAGACCAGGAGUGUCUGGACGAUGCUGCUAAGCAGCAACCAGAGUCGGCGCCGCACCCCGAGCCAGUUCCCCAGCUGGCCCAUGAUCAGAGCCCCCAGGACAAACAUGCCCAGGCUCAUGCCGAUGUUGGGGAAGCUGUAGGCGUUGUUUGCGAGGCCGGCGACGCCGAUCGCGAGGAACAGCGUGUUGCCGGUUUGGUUGGAGGCGAAGCAGGCGUAGUCGGGCCAUGCGGCGGCGUCUUGGAUGCCGGUUGCGAAGGAGAGGAGGAGGAGUUGGCUUUCCAGGAGGAGGUCUUCGCGGAUGUCCUCGUUUAG